UGUGCAUCUGAAUAAUUUUCAUAAAAGUACCUAAAUGUUUGCAAACGAAAAGGUAGGUACACCCUUUCCUAUGUAGGAGUUUUUUUGUAGUGGCAAUCUGGCAAUCCAUUUGACGUUUGUGACGUAUUAUGAAAAAGUCAUAAACAUAGAGGUUAGAAUUUUGUUGUGAAAUAUAUAGCUAAAAUAAUGGACGAAAUUAAAGCUAAACUGAAGAAAAAACCUACUAAAAUUGAAGAAAUGACAAAGGAGCAAAUAAGGGAGGCAAUAAUAAAGAAACGAGAGUGUAAUGCUAAAGCUCAAAAAAUUGUUGAAAGUUUACUAGAAAAAGAUAUCACCGCAACAUAUUUCUUGCAAUGUUUACCUGAAAUAAACCAAUGUCACUUAGAAGAUGUAAUAGAAGAAAGAUGCAUUAUUCAGCUUUGUGGAUAUCCCUUGUGCCAAAGACCUUUACUUGAAAAGGAGAUUCCUAAACAGAAAUACAAAAUAUCUAUAAAAACGAACAAAGUGUACGAUAUAACAGCUCGUAAAAGCUUUUGCAGCAACAGCUGUUUCAAAUCUGCUAUGCAUGUCAAGAAGCAGAUGCUGACAAGUCCUUUGUGGUUCAGAGAAUAUGAAGAAAUGCCAAAAUUUCACCUUUUACCUUUAGACACUGUUGGGAGUUUAGGACUUGAAGUAGACCUUGGACAAGUCGAACGUGUAAAAUUGGAACCAGUAAAAAACACAUUUAUAUCAAUAAAUGAUUUUACACAUGCUAGCCUGAAUGAAAUGGACAGUAAUAAUCAAGACAAUAAUUCAGAUAGACCCACCAACAAGGAGAACCAACUAAACAGCACAAAUGCUCCUGUAAGUGAUAAAGUAAAAGAAACCCAAGACAUCGGCAGAGAGAAAAACAAAGAUAAGACAAUUUCCAAUCAAAUUAAUGAUAAACAAAACAGAGAUAAACUUGAUACAGGACCAAAAUCAGAAUCACAAAAAGUAAAUCCAUUAAGUAUAGUUGGUGAAAUAAUUGAAAAGCCUGAACGAAAAAUGGAUCCUAUAGUUGUAAAUCCACCAAAUGAAAUUAAAAAUGCAUCAGUUAAAAAGCAACAAAGAAAGCAACCUUCAGUAAUUACCCUAACAAUUGACGUAGAAAAAUGUUUAUCAGAAUGGCUUACUGUGGACACAAUGAUCUUUAUAUUUGGAGAGGAGAAAGUUAGAGAAAUGAUUGAAGACAAAGGAGAAUGUAUCAAAGAGUAUUUAAACAAUUACGCACAGAGUAUAUUCUAUACUUCAAAUACCUAUGAUCAAUAUCAAGCUUUAUGUAGAAAAUUAAACAUGCUUGAACUCGAAGACAGAAAAUACGAUGCUAAGACAUUACAACGAGAAACAAAACCUUUGCCAGAUUAUUCAAUAUUACAAGAAGAAAGUAAGAAAAUCCAAUUAAAAGUCAAAGCCUUCUUCUCUGGAGACUUAGAGGUUUUAACUGAAAGCAUUCCGGAAGUUUCCCAAAUUAAUACUACAGAGGAAGAGAAUUCAGUAACACAAUUACCGCUGGUUGACAAGAAUGCACAAAAUGCAUUACGAAGAAAAAUAGUAUGUCAGCAUAUAAACAAAGUUCUUCCUGAUAUUCUUCGUUCUUUAAACUUGUCAGCGUUAUCCAUUAGUUCCGAUAUACGCUUGCUUGUUAAUACAUUUAAAUUAAAAGCUAACAACAUAACAUUUAAGCCAAUCCAAUGGAAUUUAAUAGCUAUAAUUUUUAUAAAGUUGCUAUCUGUAAAAGACCAUAGACUAAAUUACUUAUUAGAGCAGCCAACUGCAUUCCAGCAUAUGCAAUUAUUGUUGCUUAGUUAUAAACAGGAUGGUGGAUACUUAGACCGUUUGAUAUCAUGGUUAACAGAUAUUGAUAGGCUAUUAGAUGUAAAUGACACUCAACUUACGAUAGAAUAAUAUGUCAUUGAGAUAUAGAUAUGGUUUUUUAUAAUAACAUAAAAUACAUUAAAUAUACAUGUAGUAUUUCAUAUUUAUACACGAGCUGUCGCCAGCAAACUUAAUUGGCGCAAAUUUGGAUCACCUGUUACGCCAUUUUGACAGCGCGGUAUAAAAAUAAAAGUAGCGUAUAAUAUUCCUAUCCAUGUCAGCUAACCUCCAGUGAAAUUCCCAAGGAAAUCGGCCCAUCUGUUUCGGAGAUGACUAGAUAUUGUUAUUGGGUGUUUAGACUAAAAAAUAUGUACUUAUAAGUAAUGACUAAACUAAGGUAUUUUAUCAGAAAUACAAAUUAUGUUAUUAAUUUAUUUUUAAUGUGAUAUUAUUAAUUAAUA